CUAAUUGAAAAGGUCGUUUAUGUUUACGACGUCGUAGAAGUUAACCUAGGGUUUCCUGCAUCCCUUCAGACAGAUCUGGAAACUCACCUUUCUCCUUUGUCUUUUCGUUAUCUGAUUAUCUCCGGCGAACUCUUCAUUUUCCCGUAUUUAAUCACUUCAUCAUAAAUGGUCACGAUUCGUUACAUCUCUGUGAACCCUACUUAUAUAGCAUUCGGUCUCCAUUCCCAUCUCCUAAUCUCAGUGAGAUCAGCUCUAAUUCUAACUGGUCUCUUUAAAAACAAUAAAAAUCUAACCUUUUUUCAUUUUCUCGGAAAAAAGCAAUCUUUCUGAAAUGGGUCUCAAGGGUUUCGCUGAAGGAGGGAUCGCGUCGAUCGUAGUGGGCUGUUCGACCCACCCGCUUGAUCUAAUCAAGGUUCGAAUGCAGCUCCAAGGCGAAUCAGCCUCGAUUCAGACAAAUCUCCGACCAGCUCUUGCUUUCCAGACUUCCUCCGCCGUUCACGCGCCUUCGCCUCCUCCGCGCGUGGGUAUAAUCACCAUCGGAUCUCGCAUUAUCAGACAAGAAGGCACGCACGCUCUCUUCUCCGGCGUCUCCGCCACCGUUCUCCGCCAGACUCUCUACUCGAUGACUCUUAUGGGUCUAUACGACAUCCUGAAAACCAAAUGGACCGACCCGGAAACCAAAACCAUACCGACGGCGGCGCCGAUACCUCCUUCGAUGAACCCGGCGGAUGUUGCCAUGGUGCGCGUGCAAGCCGACGGGAGGCUCCCGGUGGUCGACCGUAGGAACUACAAGAGCGUUUUGGACGCCAUCGCGCAGAUGGUUCGCGGCGAAGGCGUCACGUUGCUGUGGAGAGGUUCGUCGAUGACGAUAAACAGAGCGAUGCUUGUGACGGCGUCGCAGCUGGCUACGUACGACUCGGUGAAAGAGACGAUUUUGGAGAAAGGGUUGAUGAGAGACGGGCUCGGGACUCACGUGACGUCGAGCUUCGCGGCGGGGUUUGUGGCUUCGGUCGCGUCGAACCCAGUGGAUGUGAUCAAGACGAGAGUGAUGAAUAUGAAGGUGGAGGCGGGGAAAACGGCACCGUAUAAGGGAGCGGUUGAUUGCGCUUUGAAGACAGUGAGAGCUGAAGGGAUCAUGGCUUUAUACAAGGGGUUUUUGCCGACGGUGUCGAGACAAGCACCAUUCACGAUGUUUAUGCCGGUGGUGUUAAUAUGUUUUCAUUCUAUGUUUUCUAUUUUGAGUGAAAAUUCAAGUAGAUAG